GGGGACGAGCCUUCAGCCAGCAGCCUCUCAUUUCUCACAACCGUGUAACACACGGGCAGUCAUGUGACGGUCAUAUAGUACAACUCAGCCAGAGCUCAGCCAGUCUGAACGCUGCUGCCGCUGCAUGGCAAGUCUCAAGGGCAAAAGCUGCUCUGCCAACAGACGGAUGCACCGGAUAAAAACACUUCUCCCCGCGCCUUUUGCUUUGGGAUUAUAUUUGAUCUGAGUGAGCGAGACAUACUGUAUCCUGGCUGGAGUCCUUGGAUUGUGAGAGUAUUUCCCCGACUUUCUCCACCCCGAGAGAGCACACCAGGUGUUGGAUGGUGGGAAGUGUGGCCUUGGUGACCUGGGUUUGUUUGGCCUAACUUUCCCAGCAGCACAAGGAAUAAUUCUCUCACAAAUCAUCGGAAACACAGACUCUGAGUCCAACAAGAGACAGCAGUUUGGCAGUAUCCAGGGAUGGUAGAUAACUCCCCAGUUAGCGAGGGGACUUUUCUUCUUUACAGUGGCUCUCCACAGGCCUAUCAGCUAUCAGACAUGGUGACAGAUCUGGGCUCCUACCAAGUGAUGCCGUCACCUUUUUCGGAGGAUGACCUGAGCGAGUCAUCCAGCCCUCGCUCCUGUUCCAGCCCAGACUCCCAGGUGCUCAGCUCCAGCUAUGGCAGCAACUCCAGUGUUGAGAGCCAGGACAGCAUCCUGGAUCACCUGCUGUCCCAGGCCUCUUUAGGAAGUGCCAGUGUAGUGCAGACAGGAUCCGUGACACCUAUACCAUUGUCCACUUUUCACUGGGACUCACGGAAAGAUGAGCUCUCCAAACGUGAGCCCAUAAAGGAGGAGAAUUUUGACUUCCUCACCUGGUCCAAUGUGGAGACAGAGGAACAACUUGGAGGGUGUUUCCAGCCCACGCUGGAAGAGAUCGAAGAAUUCCUGGAGGAAAAUAUGGAGGUGGUAACAAUGAAGCAGGAGAUCCGAGAAAGUUGCCCUGGGUUGGGAGUGGGACUGGAGGAGGCUCUUGGUCUAGAAGUUGGUCUGGAGUGGUGCAGAGAGGCCUCCCCUGAGCCUAAGCUGGAGCAUGAGGCUAAGUAUUCAGACCAAACUGUCCCCACUUCCAGCACUGCUGGCCUAGCCACUGCUGCCUCCAGUGAGACCAAAUCAGUUAACCCCACAAAUGAGUCCAGCACAGAGGCCAAGAAAGCAUCAGGCAACAAAGCUUCAUUAGCAGACAGUGGCACAAACAGUAGUGGGAUGCCGGUCAUCCUACAGAUUCAGCCCCUUCAGAUCAAGCAGGAGCCUGCAGUAGCACCUCUUACGCCAGUGCCCCAGCCCCCACAGCCUGCCCCAGCUUCAGACAUCAAAAUUGCACAGCUACUGGUCAACAUCCAAGGUCAGACCUUUGCCCUGGUACCCCACGUCCUGCCCUCCCCCAACCUUAAUGUCUCUUCCAAGUUUGUGCGCAUUGCUCCUGUCCCUAUUGCAGCCAAGCCUCUGGGGAUCGGGGGUAACUCAGCCAGCCAGGGGUCAGGGAUUCUCGUUGGAGGUCAAAAGUUCCAGAAGAACCCGGUGGCGGAUCUUAUCAAAAUGCACAAAUGCACAUUUCCUGGCUGCACCAAGAUGUACACCAAGAGCAGCCACCUGAAGGCUCACCUGAGGAGGCACACGGGGGAAAAGCCUUUCGCCUGCAACUGGCAGGGCUGUGGAUGGAGGUUUUCCCGGUCAGACGAAUUGUCUCGACACCGGCGGUCCCACUCAGGUGUCAAGCCAUACCAGUGUCCAGUGUGUGAGAAGAAAUUCGCCCGCAGUGACCACCUCUCAAAACACAUCAAAGUCCACCGUUUUCCACGAAACAGCCGGACAGUUCGCUCGGCAAACUGACGCCCCCGCUAGGAUCACUGGGAUCACUGAUCAUCUUGCAUACAGACUUAGGCCAUGGCAAGGUGUGAGCGUGAACGUAUGGGUGUGCGUACAAAUGUUUGCGCCUUCAUCAAGUCAAUUUGAGUUUGUGAGUGGAGGCACGCCUUGCUUUUUGUUUCAGCAGUCUGUGAUUGUUCUAAUUUAUUGUACAAAAGUGAAGCAACGCGGUUACCAUCCUGUAAUCAGCUGAAGGUUGUUGUUGCUGUUGGUGCUUUGGUAUGUUGUACUCCUUAUAUUUUUUCUGUCCUUAUCGCCUGCUUAAGCAGAAGAUAAGAUAAGCUUAUUUUCAUUCAGUCUGGAUUAUGGGAUAGCUUUGGUAAUAGCCUUGCGUGUCCAUUCUACCUGGAUAAAAACAACUGCCUUUUAUCUUCCUGAAAGCUGCCAAUGUCUUGGACAUUCCUCAUCUUAUGCAAUGUUCAGGAAGUCAGACUGAAGUUCAUUCGGAUCCUCGUAAGAUAUUACCGGGUCUUCCUGGGGUCCACAAAGGUUUCUGCUGUGGGGUUUUUGUUGCCUUGCACCACAGUCUAUUGACAGUACAGUUGGAGGACCUUUAUUAUUCAACUUUGUGUUGAUGCACCUGUCAGAAUAUGUGGACAUGAACUACUGAUUGCAUAAGGGAAAUCUCAUGAUAAGCUACCGGGACUCACAUUUUUACAGCAACUUAGAGAACCUGCUGAGACACACGGAGGAGGAGAAUGACAGAGCAACACAAGAAAUGCAAAAGUGAAACACAACUAAAGGUUAAGUGCACAGUGAUUGUUAAAUCAGCCUUCUGAUCAGUGUUAAAUGAUCUUUGUUCAUUGUUUAAGCAAAAUCAUGUGUAGCUACUUGCUGGUCUUCUAUUUGUCUCGCUUUUUGGCCUUACUGUACCACAAAAUCCUUACUGGAGACCCAAACGGUUUUGGGGAAUCAGGCUUUUCAAAUGAUCCAUGAUGGGAUGUAAAGUGGCUGUUCAAAAGGUGUCAUAUAUGGUCCAUGUCAGUCAGUGCAUAGCCACGGAACUGAAUGUCUGUCUGC